UUUCUUACUGAUUGGUGGCAAUCGCCAAUAUCUCCUGUAUAAAUUUCCUUUCCUUCCUAUCCCUUCCGAUCCGUCCUUCCACACAACUCCAGAUCUGCAACCAUGGGAUCACGCUAUGAGGUCGAACUCACCGUCGCCUCCGGCCGCAAUCUCAAGAACGUCAACUGGCGCAACGGCGAUCUCCGUCCCUACGUCGUCGCCUGGAUCGAUCCCGCCGCCAAGAGUUCCACCCGCGUGGCCACUGCCGGCGACGAGGAUGAUCCGAUCUGGGACGAGAAGCUCACGCUGCCGCUGCCCCCGGGCGUUCGUCUCGAGGACGCCGCGCUCUACCUGGACGUGGUCCACGCGGGAGGCGGCGAGGGUGUUAAGCCGCUGGUCGGAUCCGCCCGCCUCCGACUCGUGGAGGUCCUUGACGAGGUCGGCGUCGGAGCGAAGCUGACGAAGAAGCUGAAGCUGAAGCGCCCAUCCGGCCGCCCCCAGGGCAAGCUCGAGGUGACGGUGGCUGUCAAGGAGUCGGCCCGCUACUACGACCCCUACGCCGCGCCUCCGCCCCGGGAGUACUCGCGCUCAGGCCCCGGGUACGGAUACGCGCCGCCUCCCUACGGCGCCUCCGCGCCCUACGCCCAACCGCCGACUGGGUACCCAUACGGCGCUCCACCGGUGGCGGCGGGAGGGUACGGCGCUCCUCCUGCGGCGGGAGGGUACGGCGCUCCUCCUGCGGCGGGAGGGUACGGCGCUCCUCCGGCGGCGGGAGGGUACGGAUACGGCUACGGGCAGGAUCAGCAGAAGAGCAAGUCGAAGAUGGGGAUGGGGACGGGGCUGGCUGUGGGGGCGGCGGCGGGGCUGCUCGGGGGACUGGCUAUCGCCGAGGGGGUGGACUACGUCGAGGACAAGAUCGCGGACGAUGUCACGGAUAAGGUGGAGGACAACCUCGCCGACGACGAUUAUUACGAUGGCGGCGACGACUUCUAAGUCGCCUCUUCUGCUGACUCGGGGCAAAAUAAACAAAAACUUGGUUCAUUUUCCUUGUGUUCUCGCAUGCUAUUGCAGUGCACUUAAUGUGGCAGUUUUAUUUAUCAAAAUAAUAAUUAAUACUAAAUCCAAAUA